UUGGAUUUCACAUCACAUCUCCAGACCCAGACUACAUUUCCUUCAGAGUCGUACCAUUCAGCAGUUCCAGGAAAACUUGAAAGACGCUGGUAGUGGAGGCAGUGGUGACAAAAAAGGAAAGAAAAAACUGUGUGUCUGUUUGUGUCUUCUUGAAGUGAAUGAAAAGUUUGCUGUGUGUGUGUUUAUCCACUGUAGCAUCAUGUUGCCACCAGUGAAGAAGGACCGGAUCAUUACUCAUCUCCCAAAGUAUUUUAGUCCAAAUGCAGCGCUGCACACCAAAGAUGGCUUCCACCCACAGGUGAAGGCUGUCUGUCAGGUGCAGAAGACAGACACUGUGAGCUUAAAUAUCGCCAAGGUCAUUGUAGUGGGAGAUGUUGCGGUUGGGAAGACUUGUUUGAUCAGCAGGUUCUGUAAAGGUGCUUUUGAUAAGAACUACAAAGCAACCAUUGGGGUGGAUUUUGAGAUGGAGCGGUUUGAGGUGCUCGGUGUUCCCUUCAGUUUACAGCUGUGGGAUACGGCAGGUCAGGAACGGUUCAAGUGCAUCGCUUCCACCUAUUACAGAGGAGCACAAGCCAUUAUAGUGGUGUUUGACUUAAGCAGUGUGAACUCAUUAGAGCACGCCAGACAGUGGCUAGAGGACGCUAUGAAGGAAAACGACCCAUCCAGUGUUUUACUGUUCCUUGUCGGUACCAAGAAGGACCUCAGUUCUCCUGAUCAGUUGGCUCAGAUUGAGCAGGAAGCCAUCAGACUCUCUGAGGAAAUCAAAGCAGAGUACUGGGCCGUGUCUGCAAAGUCAGGAGAUGGCAUCAGGGAUUUCUUCUUCCGUGUGGCCUCUCUGACUUUUGAGGCCAACGUUUUGUCUGAGCUCGAGAAAAGUGGGUCGAGGCAUGUCAGCGACAUUAUCAGGAUCACAGACAGCGCAGAAGCCGAACACAAACCAAACAAGAGGAAAUCCAACUGCUGCUGAGGAGAGAUGAGAGAAUGACAAACGCCUGGAUACGCCAUACCGACUGCACAGCAACACAAAGCAGCACACUGAACAGGACGAUUAAACUGAAAUAUGGACUCAGCAUGCUCGGUGUAGACAUCAUGAACAGACCCCAUGAAAAACAAUGUCCUAUCAGCUAAAUGAUGUUAUUGUGGUGCUCUGCUGAUGGGAAUUAGUAAUAAUCUGAGUUGUAGGUUCGACAUAAUGAAUUGUAAGUCGAGGCUGUAAACAACAGGAAGUCAGCCAACAGAAUGACCAGAAUAGUGUCCUCUCAGGAAUGCUUGUAUUGCCGACCAGAGCUACAACAAAUAAAGCUUUGUGAUAUGCCUGGUUACGUAAACACUUAUCAAAAGAGGAAGAUAAUUCUCCUCUAGAUCUUUUAAUAAACUGCAUUUGGUUGAAACUUUCACAAACACAAAUCUGUCUUUCCGAACAUUUUUCUCUCGUUAUGGAUGAAACGUCAGCACCAGACCUAAUUCAUGUUUUUGGUUUCCUCACUGGUCUCCUGUCAUGUGUCUGUGCUGCUAAUGUGAUACGUACGCCGGCU